CUGUCGCCGCCUCGGCGUCCCCCGGCUCCAGUCCCUCUUCUAGGACAGCGCCGCCGCCACCGCUCGGCCCUGCCCGCCGCCUGCGCCGCGCAGCCCUCACGCGCUCCCGGAUGGCGCCUUCCUCCCCGGACCGGUUUAUAAUGUAAUAAUUCAAGAAUUUUAUCAUACCGUGGAGUAGCUUAACAACUGUCUAUGUGCUUCCCAUGAUAUGUUCUCUACAUUGAAAAAUUAUGACCUCGGCAUCCAAAGGAAUUCUCCGCCCAUUUUUAAUCGUCUGCAUUAUCCUGGGCUGCUUCAUGGCAUGUCUGCUCAUUUACAUCAAGCCCACCAACAGCUGGAUCUUCAAUCCGAUGGAGUCAGCCAGCACUGUGCUGAAAAUGAAAAAUUUCUUCUCCACCAAAACUGAUUAUUUUAACGAAACUACGAUUCUGAUUUGGGUGUGGCCAUUUGGGCAGACCUUUGACCUUACAUCUUGCCAAGCAAUGUUCAACAUCCAAGGAUGCCAUCUCACGACGGACCGGUCCCUGUACAACAAAUCGCACGCGGUUCUGAUCCACCACCGAGACAUCAGUUGGGAUCUGACUAAUUUACCUCAGCAGGCGAGGCCACCCUUCCAGAAAUGGAUUUGGAUGAAUUUGGAAUCACCAACUCACACACCCCAGAAGAGCGGCAUUGAGCAUCUGUUCAACCUGACUCUGACUUAUCGCCGCGACUCAGAUAUCCAAGUGCCUUAUGGCUUCUUGACGGUGAGCACAAACCCCUUCGUGUUUGAAGUGCCAAGCAAAGAGAAGUUAGUGUGCUGGGUUGUAAGUAACUGGAACCCUGAGCAUGCCAGGGUCAAGUAUUACAAUGAGCUAAGCAAAAGCAUUGAAAUCCAUACCUAUGGGCAAGCAUUUGGAGAGUAUGUGAAUGAUAAAAAUUUGAUUCCUACCAUAUCUACUUGCAAAUUUUAUCUUUCCUUUGAAAACUCAAUCCACAAAGAUUACAUCACAGAAAAGCUCUACAAUGCUUUUCUGGCUGGCUCUGUGCCUGUUGUUUUGGGGCCAUCUAGGGAAAACUAUGAGAAUUAUAUUCCAGCAGAUUCAUUCAUUCAUGUGGAAGAUUAUAACUCUCCCAGUGAGCUAGCAAAGUAUCUGAAGGAAGUAGAUAAAAACAAUAAAUUAUACCUUAGUUACUUUAACUGGAGGAAAGAUUUCACAGUAAAUCUUCCACGAUUUUGGGAAUCACAUGCAUGCUUGGCUUGUGACCAUGUGAAAAGACAUCAAGAAUAUAAAUCUGUUGGUAAUUUAGAGAAAUGGUUUUGGAAUUAAAGUUUUCCAUCAUUUGCACACUUGGCAAAUUAUUUUGAUGAGAUAUUAUUGAGGUUUUGAAGAUGAGAAGAGAAUCAUUCAGCUUUUGUGUCAUAAUUUAUUUGUAUCACUCUCUCUUGGGUGACAUAUAUAUUUUGAUGGAGAUUUUUGAGAGCGCAGCCUCAGCAAUCACUCCACUUGUUUUAAAUUAUCUUAUAUAUACCUAAUUAUGUGCACUGAAAAAUAAUUUAUUCUUCUCUAUCAUUUGUAAACAUUAUUUUUUUCAUAUUUUUGUAGUUGUCUGUAAUGUAACUUUGUGAUUCGAUUGUUGUUCCUACACUGAUCAGUUGUUUAAUCCAUUUGGUAAAUGAAGAUGCACAUCUUCAAAUAUGAAAUAUUUUCAUUAAAUAUUAUCAUCUCUAGUUCCAAGUUGGCAUAAUGUAACAAAGGAAAAGCAUUUGUAAUAGAAUUCUAACCUCUUUGACUUCGAAGUUGAACAGUGUAUAACUGUCUUUAUUUGAUCUAUUUUUUACCUGUUUACCACAUUUGUGAAUGCCACAUUUGUGAAUUAUUCACUUAGUGAAUAAGCCAGAUAGUGGAGCAGAACUAUUCUAUUCGGGAAGCUAUUAGGCUUUCCAUUUAUUUUCAUUAAGUUGACUUGCACAUGCAGCCACUUGUUCUCAUGAUCUUAAGUUAAAUUAUGAUGUAUUUUUAAAUAUCCAAUUUGUUGGGAUUUUUAGUACCUGGGAAAUAAUACUAGUAACACUUAAGAAAAUCUAAGAUAGUUUUCUUCCUGAUCUUAACACUCCUUUUUAUAAUGAAACAAAUAAUCUUAUCAAGUGACAAGGGAAAAUGUUAUGUAUAGAUACAAGUCAUAUUUAUAAUUGGCACAUUUAUGCAUCAAUAUAAUUUUUAAUAACAUAUCAAUUUAAAAUAUUUUUUCCAAAGGUCCAAUGUCUAAAACUAUUUCAUUUCAUCAUAUGAACAUAAUAUGUGAGAUGUUUGUCCUAUCAUUUAAAAGAACCUAAAUAAAAUUAUUAUCAAGGUGUUAAGUAUAAGAUGUUAAACAUAAUAAAAUGGCGAUCUGUAGGGAACACAGAGUGAUAUCUCAAUGCAUAUUUGUUGAAUUAAUAAAUGAAUGACAUUGAAAGUCAUCAGAAAAUUUUUGUUUGUUCCAAAAAAGUGACAGUUCUAUCCUAGAGGUACUAACUGGAGAUGAUGUUUUAUAUUCCAUUUUUGUAAUUAUUCAUAUGUGGCACAUGUGACCAUGGCCCUCAGGG